AUGAAAUGCAGUACCUACCAGAUAUUCGCAUCAUAUGGUCUACCGCUGAAAGAACUAGAUUUCUCUUACAACAGUCUUCGUAGACUACCCGACCGUCUCUUAUCAGGAGUUCGAGGAAAUAUCUCUCGGUUGGUCCUAGCUGAUAAUCUUCUUGGAGACAACCUGAACCCGAUAUUCUCCACUGCUGAGUUUCACAAUCUUCCUGCUUUAGAGGAGUUAGAUCUUAGCGGAAACAGUAUUAGAGGCAUCGAGGAAGGAUUGCUAAUUGGAUGCGAUGUGCUUAAGAAUAUCGACAAUAGUCACUUGAGCUCGCUAGUGUCACUAGAAGUUUUGGACCUCAGUAGAAAUAAUUUAGUCAAACUUUCACCUGGAACAUUCGUUGGUCUCACUGAACUACGUUAUCUUGAUGUCGGAGUUAAUUCUCUACGCACUGUGGAGGAUGACGCAUUUGAUGGUUUAUCAAAUCUGCAAACUUUGCUGCUCCGGGACAACAACAUUCUUCUAAUACCAGCUACAGCACUCUCUCGGCUGCCAAACUUGAUUUCAGUACAUUUAGGAUUCAAUAGAGUUACCGCUUUAUCUAGUGAUAUCCUUAGAGCAGUAUCUGAUAGAGUUACUUCACUAGUUUUAUCUCGUAAUGUCAUUAGAGAAUUACCAGCAUCAGCUUUGGAUCACUUCAAAAUGUUACAUCACUUAGAUUUGUCAGGAAACUUGUUGAAUUUUAUAUCAGCUGAAGUGUUCACUGGUUUAGAAUCCUCGCUACAAUUUUUGUCUUUAAGCCAAAACAGAAUACUAGGAUUUUCAGGUGAACAACUUAAGUUUGUAAAUUUGUGGUUCUUAGAUAUAUCUGACAACCAAGUGACUGAAAUUCCAGUUAAUGUAUUUGAAUUCAUUCCUAGCUUAACUCAUUUGAAUAUAAGUUAUAACGGGCCAAUCAGUGUAUUGCCGCAAAACGUAUUUAAUCACAACCAAGCUUUGUUGAGCGUAGACAUAAGCCAUGUUGGAUUGAAAGCACUCCCCGUUAAUUUAUUCAUGAAAACUCCCAACUUAGAACAAAUCAAUUUGUCAUACAACCUGCUGCAGGAAAUAUCCGAAAACACAUUUAAAAAUUUGAGAAAUUUAACUCAUCUCGAUUUAUCGUACAACAAUAUUGUUAAUAUUAGAACACCGGCUUUUGUAAAUAUUAUGUCUAUUCAGUAUUUGUCUCUUAAAGGAAAUCAAUUGAAUGCGUUCAAGGGUGAAUUCUUCAACACUGGCACAAGUUUAGAAGUUAUAGACCUUUCACAAAAUCAGUUGAGUUAUUUGUUCCCGUCCUCAUUUAAAAUACACCCUCGUUUGCGAGAAAUUAUACUCACAGACAACAAGUUUAAUUUCUUCCCGUCCGAACUUAUUAGCACUUUACAAUAUUUAGAACUGGUAGAUUUAUCUGGAAAUGUUUUGAAGAACGUAGAUGAACUCGACUUCGCUCGUCUCCCUAAACUAAGGACAGUUUUGCUAUCACGAAAUGAACUUGAGACAAUAAGUGAAAUGGCCUUCCAUAACUCCACACAAAUUCAAUAUUUAGAUCUUUCGGAUAAUAAGAUCGACCGCCUCGGUGACAGGCUUUUUGAAGGGCUUAUUCGGCUAGAACUACUUAACUUAGCAGGAAAUUCUCUUACAGAAUUGCCAGAUAAUAUUUUUGAUCGUUCUCGACUACACAUGUUGGAAAAAAUAGUCUUGAGUCGAAACUUAUUUGAACAUGCGCCUCUGAAAGCAUUACAGAAGCAAUACUUCUUUGUAUCAUCUGUAGAUUUGUCUAAUAAUGAUAUUGUUGACAUACCAGCUGAAGACAGUGUAAUGGUUAAUAUUAAAAAGUUGGAUCUCUCAUUUAAUCCACUGUCUGAUAAAACAAUUAAUAACGUACUCACUGAACCAAAAACGGUACGAGAACUAAAUCUUGCAGGUACCGGAAUGAAAUCGGUGGGGCAACUUGAAACUCCUUUCUUGUAUAGUUUGAAUCUAUCAUACAACAAUAUUACUAAUUUAUCUGAGAAGACUUUUACGAGAACAACUCUGCUGGAGUCGUUAGAUCUUUCGCACAAUAAUAUUAAAGAUGUUGCUGGUGCACUAUCAAUAUCAUGGCCGAAACUUAAAAAUUUACAGCUUUUGAACAUAUCAGAUAAUCCAGUACCUAUGAUUAUAGAUGGAAACUUCGAGGGCUUAUCGUCUCUUAGAGUGCUUGAUAUCAGAAAUUUGGACAAAUGUACCCGAAUAGAAAAGAAUGCUUUCCGUUCACUUCCUAAUUUAGUAGAAUUAAGAGCUUAUGGAUAUCCAAGACUGGGAUAUUUUGAUAUGCAAGGUACAUUACAGUAUUUAUCGGCUUUGGAAAAAUUAGAUGUUGAAGUAAAAGAUACUAAUAUUGGUGCUGAUCAGUUGCAUUCGACGCUUCAUCCUCGCCUAGAAGAACUUGGUAUAAGAGGACCGAGAUUAAAAUCUGUAUCUUCUGGAGUUUUAGCAGGACUAAAGGCGCCAAGUAUAACGGUCCGAUUCCGUAAUACGUUAGUGACUAGUUUACCACCAGCCAUACUUUUCCCCUUGCCAAGAUCAUCACAAAUAACUAUCGAUGUAGCGGGUAGUCAAUUGAGUACUUUACAGCCAGCACUUUUAGUGGCUCUUGAUGAUCGACGAGCUGAUUUAUCAAUGUUUGGAUUAGAAACGAAUCCGAUAAAAUGUGAUUGUAACGCAAGAGCAUUACGAAGGUGGUUACCAAAUGUUGGUAUUGAUAAUGUACGCUGUGACUCUCCAGAUCAUCUAUCGGGUUUUCUUUUGGUUGAGAUAGGAGAUGACGAGCUGUCAUGUGAUACUAAAAGGAAAACAACGAUUACAUCUUCUUCUAGUCUCAGUACUACAACGAUACCUCCUCGACUCGUCCAUCGGACGUCCGCUGAGCCCGACAUAAUAUGGUCAGUUGCUCCAUCACACGACCGGCCUAAAGUAGCUGGGGAGCCGAAAGGCGCGCCAGUAGUUGGCAUUGCGUCAUCAACGAACGAUGACAAUCUUAUAAUAGGCAUUGUUGGAGGUGUGGUAGCGUUUAUAGCUAUACUUAUAAUUGCUAUAUGCGUAGUUCGGUUACGAAUGACAACAUCGUCGUAUAGAGGUGGUCCAUUAGCUAGUAGUCCCGCAACAGCGGCAGCACCUCUAUGGGGAGCAGCAUGGCCGGGCUACGCUGCCACCCUGCCUCCUGCCUCGUUAUCUACUGCCACUUUACCACAUAAGGUACAGUCCGGGCCAGGCUCAGUGCGCUAUUUAGCACCACCCCCGCCAGCACCCUAUUUUAUUAGCAUGCCGCCUCAUGACGACAAAAUAUAUCGGUAG